GAGGCAUCUCUUGUGUAGCCCGUGGUACUGGAGCGCCGGAGAGGAAGGAUAAUGUUCGCGGGAUUCAGAUUGUUGGAGAUGAUGAGGCUGAGAUCGUGUCACUUCGCGUCUCCGAGUCUUUCUGUCCUGAGUUAACAGCUUACAAUUUGAAGUCGCGGAUCAGUCGGCGCUUUGUGGUAGACGAGGGAGCGGGUGGGCUUUGCUGCAGCUCCAGAGGAAACGGGGCCUGAUAGUGAUUAAUCAAAUCCCCACCCCCGGGCCGCCGGUGAGGGGGAGCUCCUCACCCCCAUCCCCGGGCAGUGAGUAAGAGGGGGUCCUAACGCCUCACUGCUCCCCACCCCAGGCGAUCAGGGAGAGGGAGAUCCUCAUCCCUAGGCAGUCAAAGAAAGGAUCCUCGCCCCCUCCCUCUGGCUGUCAUUUGAGAGGGUACCUCACCGCAGGCUGACAGAAAAAGGGACCUCCCCCCCGAACUCUGGUGGGGCGAAAGGGAUCCUCACCCCAAGCUGUCAGUGAAAGGGUUCCUCACCUGGGCUGUCAGAGAGAGGGCUAUCCUCACCCCCAUUCCCCGACCCUCAGGCUGUCAUUGAGAGGAUCCUAACAGCCACUAUCCCUCCACCCGAACUGUCAGAGAGGGAGGGUCCUCUCUCCCCACUCCCUCUCCCGAGCUAUUAGUGUCAGCGAUCCUAACCUCAUUCCCCAAGUUCGUUGCAAGGAGUGAGGGAUCUCACUUCAACCCCUCCAGCCGUCCAGAGGAAGGGUGGAGAGAACUCUAAUUUCAAAUACUGUCUUUGGACCCCACCCAAUGCUGGCCUUGUCUGCUUUGUUGUUUAUUUAGUUAAUUGGACAAUUUCCUUCCUGGAUUGCCUCCACGCUUAUGAGGCUUGUAGUACACAGGCUCACUGCUUUAAAAUGUAAUUUUAGUUAAUAUGGUUGUUUGAAUUUUGAUGACAUACUGUCAGUUUGCUGUGGAAUUAGUGGAAUUUAUACUUCUGCGACCAUAGAAAACCCCUCUUAAAAUGUCCACAUUGUCGAUGUGUGAGCAUCUUUAGGUGACAACAACUGUCUUCAUUCUGAUGCCAUCCCUUGUAGAGUAGCUGUAGUGUUGACUUCAGGGCCUUUAUUUCCAAAAUUUAAUGGAAAAAGUGUCCCUGUGCUAUUUACGUAAAAUAGAAAAUUGUUUAGGAAUUUUUUACCCCAUUGUUGAAUCGUUGUAAUAAUGGGAGGUUUGCAGCGAAAAGAUGCUGCAAUUUGGCAGCAAACCAAAGCGCUUUUAUACAGAAAUUUUCUCAUUAAAAAGCGGAACAAAGAUCAGACUUUACAGGAAUUGCUUUUACCGCUGUUCUUAGUUUUUGCCCUGGUUUGCUUAAGCGUACUUGUCCCUCCACAACUAUACUUGAAGACGCUUACCAGUGAGCCCGAGGAGCUGGAUAAUUUUGUGCAACCAGACUACAGACUUGGAUACACGCCAGUGAACAAUCACACCAAGGAAAUCAUGGAGGAAGUAGGGGCAUUGCUUGAAAUGGUUCCUUACGGAUUCAGAGAUGAAGAAGCAAUGGAACAAGCUUGCUGUUCACAUGCCUCUAGACCGUUGGUGGGAGUUUCGUUCAUCAAUUCAUUGUCAUAUCAACUUCGGUUUCCUUAUAAUAAAGUUCCACGUACCAAUGAAAGGAUUGACUUCAUCGAUGAGAAAGCAAGUUGCCGUUCGGAUUCUGCCUCCUUAAGUCAUCUGAAGGACUGUCCUGGUGCAUUGUACCUAUUAUCAGGAUUUGCAACAAUACAAAAACAUAUUGAUGUUGCCAUCAUUAAGACACAAACCAAUUAUUCAGUCUGGAAGGAUAUCAUACCUCUACACAUACAAAUGAUGGGCUUACCAAGCCAUGUUGGUGCAGAUAUUUUUUCACAUUUUGUCACUUCUCUCUAUUUUGUUAUUGCUUUUGUGCCCUUUGUCAAUUUUCUGCUGAUCAAUCUUGUAACAGAAAAAAAGGAAGUGAAAGAUGUGAUGAAGGUGAUGGGACUUUAUGACUCUGCUUUCUGGCUUUCCUGGGGCUUGCUGUACAUGGUUUUAAUCUUCAUUCUAUCCUUGCUGAUGGCAGUCAUUGCCACUCAGACAUCUCUGUUUCCAAGAAGCAGUAUAUUGAUCAUCUUCCCAUUGCUGUUCUUGUUUGGGAUUUCUAUAAUCCCGUUUUCAUUUCUGUUGACUCCACUUUUUAAGAAUCAGAAGAUUGCUGGUUUGGUUGGAUCCUUAAUGCUGAUGGGUUUUGGAUUGUUUAGCCUUCCUACAAUUCUGGUCAGAGAUUUUCCAGUAUCUGCUGUGUGGGGACUAUGUGUAUUCUCCCCUAGUGCCUUAGCCAUUGGAAUUGCACAGGUUGUGCUUCUUGAAGCUGUUGGUGAUGGCGCUCAGCCCUCGAAUCUGUCAGCAAGCCCUUUCCCUUUAUACAUACCUCUUUUCAUGUUGGUCCUGGACAGUGUCCUGUAUUUGCUUAUUGCUGUAUAUCUUGACCAAGUUCUCCCAGGUGAAUUUGGGCAACGUCAACCUUUUUUCUACUUCCUUAAACCGUCAUAUUGGUUCCAUAAACAGAAACAUUAUAAUCACAUUGAUUCAAUUAGCGAAAUUGAAUUUGGCCUUGGACCUGCAUUUAGUGAGGUGGUGGAAGCAGUGCCUACUGAACUUAAAGGAAAAGAAGCAAUCAGGUUAAAAUGUGUUCACAAGUUAUAUAAAGGAAAAGAGAAAAAAGUGGAAGCACUGAAAGGUUUGUCAUUUGAUAUUUAUCAAAAUCAGAUCACAGCACUACUGGGCCACAGCGGAACUGGGAAAACAACAUUAAUUAGCAUUCUCUCUGGACUGUGUCCUCUGUCAGAUGGAUGUGCAACAGUUUAUGGAUACAGAGUUUCUGAAUUGGAUGAAAUAAUUCAGAUCAGAAAGAUGAUGGGGGUUUGUCCACAGUUUGAUGUCCUAUUUUACAGUCUUACAGUAAAGGAACAUUUGAAAAUUCUUGCCAUGAUCAAAGGGAUCACAGCCCAGGAAAUUGAUAAAGAGGUGCUGAAUGUCAUAAAAGAACUGGAUAUGGAAGCAAUUUUGGAUGUUCGUGCAGAAAAACUCAGUGGUGGACAGAAAAGGAAACUUUCAAUGGGGAUGGCAAUUUUGGGGGAUCCUAAGGUUUUGCUCCUUGAUGAACCAACUGCUGGAAUGGAUCCUUGUUCUCGACAGCAGGUGUGGGCAUUGCUGAAAAAGCGGAAGACAGGAAGGGUCAUACUGUUGACCACUCAUUUCAUAGAUGAAGCUGAUAUUCUGGCAGAUCGUAAAGCUGUCAUCUCACAAGGGCAGCUCAAAUGUGUUGGCUCCUCACUGUUCCUGAAAUCAAAAUUUGGUGUGGGUUAUAACCUCAGAAUGUCCGUAAAUGAGUCCUGCUACCCUGAUAAAGUGACAUCAUUGGUCAAACAUCAUAUACCAAAUGCUGAGCUUUCACAAUUGCAUGAGCUGGAUCUGGCAUAUACCUUACCUCUUCAGGAUGUUAACAAAUUUGCAGGUCUGUUUGAAGAUUUGGACAGGUGUACCAAUCUUGGAAUCGACAGUUAUGGUGUUUCCAUGACAUCCUUGGAUGAGGUUUUCUUAAAAUUGGAGGAAGAAUCAGAAAUUGAUCAAGCAGAUUACAGCGUUUUUACCAAGGACCCAGCACCAGAUGUAAUAGCAAAUGAAGAAGACAUUUGCAUUGACUGCAUUGAUCACCAACUACUGACUUUCCCAGAAACUAGCUCGGCAAUGUUGACUGGCAUUGCUCUGUGGCAACAGCAGUUUCGCACCAUAGCGUGGUUGCGUUUGAUGAAUUUCAGUCGAGAACGCAGUGCUCUCCUUUAUAUCAUUUACAUAAUCGGCCUUUUGAUAUCCAUUGUGGUUAUGAUGGCUUUAUUAAACGGUACACUGAGUCGGAAGGAUGUUUCAGUGGAACUAUCCCCUGAGUUAAUUCUACUCCAGCAAGGUCAAAAGCCCCACAAAUAUACAACUAGUCUUCUUCUGAAAAAUUCGACCGGCAGCAAUAUUGAUAAACUUGUCCAUGCUUUCGAAGCACAGAACGUGAAAGUGGAUAUGUUCAAUGAUAGUGAAUUCACGGAUGUUGCUCCACACAAUGCAGCACUAAAUGUGUCACUUUCAGAAGAGAAACAGUACAUGUUCACAGCAGUGUUCAACAGCACAGUGAUUCACUCACUGCCAGUGUUAAUCAACAUGAUCAGUAAUGCCCUCCUCAUUAGUGUAAAUGGAUCCGGUGGGAUUCAAGCAUGGAGCAAACCAUUCCAUUUAACAGUCACUGAUGCCGACUUUAAGGAAAAGGUUUAUAUGGCUUUGGCAGUGUUGGGGUUGUUAUCAGCUGCAUUGCCAGGAUGCUACACUAUGGAUAAUUCACGAGAUCGUGAGAUUAAAUCUCGCUCUCAACUUCGCCUUUCUGGCCUCUUUCCUUCUGCAUACUGGUGUGGUUAUGCUUUGGUGGAUAUCCCAGUUUAUUUUAUCAUAGUUGUAAUCAUGCUUGGCUGUGUGAUUGCAUUUAAUUCCACAUCUUUGCUUCAUACCGGUGCUGUGAUUUCAAUGAUGAUGUGUCUUAUUGGCUGGGCCCCAGCAAUGACGCUAUUCUCCUACGCCUAUUCUUUCAGAUUUGAUCGAAUGCAGACUUCUCGGGAUUUUUUUCUGAUCUCUUCAGUUAUUGUCAAUAUAAUUUCAAUCAGUCUCAUAUUCUUGGUUCGGUUAAUACUAAAGGAAACAGCUGCCAACAUGCUGCAUGGCGCGUUGUCACUUUUUAUUCCACCAUAUGUGAUUACAGGAUGCUUGUAUUAUACAGCCAAGGUUUUUCUGGAUCACAAGGAUGAACCCAGUCUAACAGUAGGCACAUAUCUGGAAUGGAAACAGAACAUCCUGAUAACUAUAAUCUCGCCCUAUAUUCAAUGCAUAGUUUUGCUGUUUGUGCUACGCCAACUAGAAAAGAUUCAUGGAGGAAAAGUAAUUCAAGUGGAUAAAUGUUGCAGAAUCUUUCCCUCAAAGAGCAAAUUCAAAAUAAAUACAGAAGAACCUGAGAAUGAGGAUGAUGAUGUCAAAGAGGAAAGGGCAAGAGUUCGGGAAGCAUUGACUUGUCAGAGCUGUGAGGAGAAACCAGCAAUUGUGGUCAGUAACUUGCGUAAAGUUUACACUGGAAAGCCACAGGUCUGCAAGUGCUUUUCAAAGCAAAAAAAUAAAAAUAUAGUGGCAACUAAAAAUGUAUCCUUUUGCGUAAGAAAAGGUGAAGUUCUGGGAUUAUUGGGCCCAAAUGGUGCUGGAAAAAGCACUACUAUUUCCGUGCUCACAGGUGACUUGGAACCAUCAGCUGGUCAGGUAUUGAUGGGGGAUUAUUCAACUGAAUAUUUGCAAAGAGAAAGCUCUGUAGAAAGUAUAGGCUACUGUGCACAAGUGAACCCACUCUGGCCGAAGCUUACUGUGCAGGAACACCUAGAGAUAUAUGCUGCCAUCAAGGGACUCAGUACAGAAGAUGCAACAAAUGCUAUCAAACGUAUUGUAAAAGCUCUCGAACUGAAGGAAUAUCUCCAGAAAUCAACAAAAAAAGUCUCCAGUGGAAUAAAGAGGAAACUUUGCUUUGCACUGUGCAUGUUGGGGAAUCCUCAAAUUGUAUUACUGGAUGAACCAUCAACAGGCAUGGAUCCUAAAUCCAAACAGUUUAUGUGGAGAGCAAUUCGGGCUGCAUUCAAGGAUAGACAACGUGGUGCUAUCCUGACCACACACUAUAUGGAGGAAGCUGAAGCACUUUGUGAUCGUGUUGCUAUAAUGGUGUCAGGACAGUUAAGGUGUAUUGGCUCCAUACAGCACUUGAAGAGCAAAUAUGGUGGAGGAUAUACACUGGAGAUUAAACUGAAGGGUGAGAUGACAGAAGCACAGCAAAUAUCUGACAUUCAUGAUAAAAUAAUGCAAAUCUUUCCACAAGCUUCUCGACAAGAAAGUUUUGUUGCGAUGUUGACAUACAAAAUUCCCAAGGAUGACGUGAACUCUUUGUCAAAGGCAUUUUCCAAGCUUGAAGAAGCUAAACGCAGUUUUGAUAUUGAGGAAUAUAGUUUCUCGCAGUCAACACUGGAACAGGUUUUCAUGCAGUUUGCUAAAGAACAAGAAAAUAAUGAAGAAGAUUAUAAAACCUUGGAUACAAGCUUUCGAUGGCAGCAGCUUCAACAAAAUGAAUGUUAAAGAGGUUCAAAGUUGUUCUACUGCCUCAUAACAGGGAAACCUCAAAACAGGAUUCAGUUGAUCUUUAUUAAGUCAGAUUUCUAGAUUUGAUUGCUGAAGCACUGCCUAUCUCAUUUAGAUGAGGAUACUGCACCAGUUGAGGAAUAUACUGAGCAAGGUUUCUUUAGAUGUGUCUGAACUGGUAUUUAUUGAGAUUCUGUAGCACAAACAAGGUGAAAAGAAAGUAUAACAGAGAUUUAUGCACAUACCUUUACAACUGUUUGUACCUGACAACAAUGCUGGAAGCUAUUGAAAAUGUUGUUUCUGUUUUUUUUAAAUUAUCAGUGAGGAUAUUAAUAUAUGUAUAACUGACAGUAACCAUCUUCUUAAUUUGGUAUAACAAUGCCUUUAAUAUACAUGUUCCUUCUAUUUGUAGCAGUGACUCUCAACAGGGUGCAUUGUACAAGUCAUUCUCACUUAUUUCUCUGACAUUGACAGCUAAAGCCAUGUUUUAAAACCAGAUCUGACAGUGACAAGGCAUUUGCCUUUGAUUUGUUCAAGCUUCAGUUCACACAUUUCUAACAUAUGGAUGGAAGCAAAAAGUGAACAUUUCAAGGCCCUAACUUUUUUUAAUUGGAUAACAUGGAGAUUUGCUUCCAAAGCCAUGGAGUUGGUUUAAAAAAAAUACUACAUUAUGAUAUCACUUUUUAAUACAUUGCCUCUUUAAAAAAAGUCUUGGCUUGAGCAUAACACACUAUUUUCAUGGUUUAAAAAGGAAUGGAUGUUGACCCAUAUUAAUCAUAAAUCCAGAAUUUAACAGGUCAUAUUCGUAACAAGUACUGCUAUGCUUUAUAUCGCCUUUUAAAAUGAAAUGAACUUUUCUUCCAUAACGGAUUUCAUCUCAGCCUUCAACAUUUACAAAUUAUUUGUGAUAUAAUGCUUCGUUCUUUUAUUUUAUAACCAAUGUAAUAGGUAAUUCAACCCAAAAUUCCAAGGAAAAUGAACAUUGUGGCAUUUAUUGCCUUUAUGGUGGCUUAACCGUAUUAUGCUAUUCAUCAGAAUCUGCUCUACAUUCUUUCACCACGUGCGGAGAAUAACGUUAAAUAUUCUAUGUGCCAUAACAUGUAGUUGACUGCGGACUGUUCAAGAAAACAUCAGACCAAUCAUUCUGCCCCAUCAUUCCUUUUUGAAAGAACCAGAAGCAGCUGCACAAUACAGACAGCAAGAUAGUGAAUUAGUCAUUUGUCAGUCUUGCAAACUAACUACAUUUUUAUCAGCUUCAAACAAAUUGCACAACAUAAAUUAUUGUGAACAUUUUCAAAUUGGGGAUCUCACUAUAACAGAAAUCAUCAGGAAUUAACAUUUCUUAGCAUCAGCAAUCACAUCUGAGUGGUACUUUACUGUAUUUCAUUAAUAAAGACCAACUGGUACAUUACCACUAAAUAAGAUUUUAUAAUCACUUUGCACUGUGCAACUUGUACACCUUUUGUUUGUUUAGGGUGUUUUAUGCCUUUAUUAGUUUGGAAUGUUAAUGUUUGAGUGUUAUUUAGUGUAAACAAGCAGUAUAUUGUGUAACUUUGAAUUAUAAAAUUAAAAACAAUGUGCAGCUGUUGUUUUCUUGCCUUUUA